CGCAAUGGCGGGAGCACAUUUGGCAUUCACAUUACUGAUUGUAGCGAUACUGGAAGAUUCACAAGCCAACAGUAUUAAUGCUCACGGUAUGAUGAAUGUGAAACCCUAUUUAGAUCCCAAGAGGCGAAGCGAGAUAGUUGACCAAGCGUUUUCAGAACAAAAAGAUGUUUUACUAGAUAUGCUCGAAACAAAAUUGAAAGAAGUGAGAGACAAAAAGAAAAAGAAGACACAUUUCUUAGAAGCCAACCAUACAAUUAACAAUAGUUUUGAAAAUAACAAGCCUUGUGAUAAGAAUUUGCAAAAUCUUGAUGUCAAACUGAAGGUCAAUGGCAUUAGUGCUAUCGGGGAUACGAAUUUACAACUCAAGCAUGGAACUGGUAAGGACUCUCUCAAUUUGGAUGCCAACGGAAUAUCCAACAUAGGCAAAGUUCACGUCGAGGUGGGGGUUGGGGCAUCUUCGUUGUACAUACCAGGAUUAAGCAAUUUAUUUGUUGGUCUCGGAUGUCACAACUGCACCAAACUUAAUUUGACAACUGAGCAUGAAGCUGAAAAAGCAAAUAAUACGAGAAGAAGUGAAGUAGAAAGCAAUUUGAAUGAAACCACAGCUAAUACUCAAAAUAUAACUACCACACUUGCUGUAACCUCACAAGGAUCAGAAGUAGCAAAGAAUGAAACAGCUCAGACAAAUGCAAACCCAAGUAGCGUCCUACCAAUAGCAGUCACUACAGUUGCUAAUAUCACUGCCAACAAUACUGUUUAG